AUGUGUCAAGCGAUGGGCAAAAUUAUAUUCUUCGGAUUUCUGUUAGUUUCUCGAUGUUUUGUCUGAAAAAUUGUUCCUGAAAUUGGUGAGAUUAAAAAAUGAAUUUAGAACACUUAAAAACAAUUAUGUUCAAUGUUUAAAUAAGAAAAAAUCAAUUUCUGUAAAAUAAGGCUAACAUUUUCCGAAAAAUUUCUUAAAAAUCCCGAAAAAUUGCAGCGGUCUCCUGAUCUCAUGGGCGGCUCUCUACUACCGCUACAGCGACGAAAAGAACACUUUGGCGCGAAAAUAUCGAUUGGAUCCACCGCCGGCGCUUAUCGGCGCCCUCGCCGUCAAUUCGGAGCUCCAGAAGGCCGAGCACAUUUUGCACGGAAAAAUCGAUGGGCCAGAGUCGAUGAUUGUGGAUGAUGGUCGCUCUUUAGGCCCUAAAAUCUAAAUAUUUUCCUAUAUUUCAGACGCCAUUUACGCAUCGGUUUAUGACGCGAAAAUUGUGAAAAUUGUUGACGGAAAAAUUGUGAGCAAAGUGGCCUACUCGGAAAAGGCGAAAUUCUUCCCCGAUUGCGGUAUUUUUGUGGGAACUUUAGGCCAAAAAUGGAAACUGUUACAGGACACUUUGAUACGGAGCCAGAAUGCGGCCGCCCGCUCGGAAUUCGCCGACUCGUCGCCGGAAGACCAAAAUUCGUGGUCGCCGACGCUUAUUUGGGCGUUUUUAUUGUCGAUUUCAGCGAUGAAAACAAUCGUGAGUCUCAGAAACACGAUUUUUUUAAAAAUUCAAAAUCAUUUUUGCAGCAACGUCCUCGCAAAUCCUGGACUCGCGCGUGCCGAUCGCCGGAUUCCCACCCCGUUUCCUCAACGAUUUGGACGUGAUCUCGGAGGACGAACUCGUCAUUUCGGACAGCUCCGUCCGUCACGACCGUCGCCAUUUCAUGCCGCUCAUUCUGGAGCACCAGCCCGACGGACGCAUCAUCCACCUGAAAAUAUCGACGAAAACGGCGACCGUCCUCGCGGACCGCCUGUAUUUCCCCAACGGAAUCCAACUGCUCGACGACAAAAAAUCGCUGCUUUUCUCGGAAUGCUCGAUGGCGAGAGUCAAGAAGUUGACGAUCGCCUCCGGAAAAGUGGAAAUGUUCGCGGCGAAUCUUCCGGGACUUCCCGAUAAUAUCAGAGCCAGCGGACGAGGCACCUACUGGGUCGGGUUGGCCGGUGAGCAAGCCUAUUUCCUACUACAAUCUGUUAACACUUUGCAAAAUUAAUAACAGUCUCGGUUUGGAGUGUCUGUCUUGAAAGUGUCAUGCUGAAAACUGGCGACGUUACGGUUCCAAAUCAACAUAUCCCCAAAUAGACUGAUCAUGUCCGUUUGAAACUUUCAAGGCAGACAUUCUAAGCCUAGACUGAUAAUCUUGAAAAGUUAGAACCCCAUCAAAUUCGCGAUUGCAGCCACCCGCACCGCAUCGGCCCCAUCCCUGCUGGACCGUCUCGGAAACGUGCCGGGAAUCCGUCAGUUCCUGGUCGACAUCGUGCCCGCCUACGCGUGGAAACCGCUCCUCGGCCUGUUCAAGAAACCGCACGCGAUCGUCGUCGAGCUGGACACGAACGGUAAGAUUGUGAGAAGUCUGCACGACGUGGCCGGCACCAAAGUUGGCGACGUCUCGCAAGUCACCGAGCACAACGGAGCACUCUACUUGGGCAGCUUCGCCGAACCGUACAUUGCCAAAUUGAAAUUGUGA